AUGGAGAGUGCGCCUCCCGAUAGCUGCGCCGCGAAAGAGUCCAGCCCGGCAGAGGCGGCACGAGAUGCCUCUCUGUCGCCUGCGCGUCCGUCCGCUGACGAGGUGACGGCGCCACCGCCAAGCGCGGCGGAGGUGGUGUUGAGGGCGCAGGACGCGCUGGAGGACAUGAUCGGGCUAGUGCCAUCGCGCCGCGCCGCUGGCGGGCUGCCAUAG